UUGCUGGUAGAACAGAAGCAUAUGAUUUAGCUAUAUCAUAUAUGGUUGGUGAAGCAAAAACCUGGUUCGAGAAUGAAAUCAAAAGUAGAAAUUGGCAAUGUGAUAAUAUUCUUGAUGAAGUAUUAGUUGUAAGAAAUAAUGCUGGAGGUGAUAAUACAAUAACUGGUGCUAAUAUUAUUCCAGUGGAUACAUGGAAUGAAGAUUGGAGUAUAGCUGGAGGGCAUCCCGCACCUAUAGGAACUCCAUCUCCAGCCAAUUAUGCAAAUGCUAGUGCAGGUAAUUCAAUUGUUGCACCUAAAAUGACUCUUGGACAAUUUUUAUACUGCCUUGAAUAUCUUUAUCCCAUGGUUGAAGCACAAAAAAAAUUGUUUUUCUUUGGUCAGAUUGUGCAAGAAGGCAAUUUUCUAUUCCCACCUUCUGGAGGUCAAGUGCCUAAUCCCUAUAAAAAAAGUAGCAAUACAGCUCAACCAGUCUCACAAACUAUCUCUUCUAAACCUCAGGAGAACCAAAUUACACUUUCACAAGACAAUUUCAAAAAAAUUAUAGCGGGUUUGAAAGGAACUAUUGCUAAAGGACAGCAAACUUUGAAGAAACCCCUUGGACCAGGAAAACAAAAAGCUGAUAAUUUUGCUAUAAACCAUUUUUUAGAUAAUGUUAUUGAUAACACAGAUUUACUAGAAGAAGCUUAUGACUAUGAUCUCAUUGAAGAUUUGAGAAAACAAUUCGAGGAUUUGGAUAUCAAUCAAGCAAAACUAGCUCGAAUAAUACAUGCA